CCCACUGCUACCACCCAAGGAGUGCACGAUGGAGAAGCUUCUUCCAGGUGUCCUGCUCCUCGUCUUCCUCUCAGAGGGGAUGACACAUUCAGACUUGGGAGGGAAGGCGUUUAUUUUCCCCGAAGAAUCAAACACAGCCUAUGUGUCCCUGAUCCCCAGGUUGAAGAAGCCGCUGAAGAACUUCACGCUGUGCCUGAAAGCCUUCACAGACCUCAGCCGCUCUUACAGCCUCUUCUCCUACAGCACCAAGUCCAGGGACAACGAGCUGCUUCUCUUUGUCAGCAAAGUAGGAGAGUACAUGCUGCACGUGGGGAAUGCUGCGGUCACCUUCAAGGUCCCCCCGUCUCCUUACGCUCCAGUCCAUCUCUGUGCCAGCUGGGAGUCUGCCUCUGGGAUUGCUGAACUCUGGGUGAACGGGAAACCCAUGGGGCGGAAGGGUUUGCAAAAAGGGUACUAUGUGAAGCAAGAGGCAAGCAUCAUCCUGGGACAGGAGCAGGAUUCCUUUGGGGGAAGUUUUGAUGCAAAACAGUCCUUUGUUGGGGAGAUAUGGGAUGUGUCCUUGUGGGAUCGGGUGGUCCCCCUCAGGGAUAUGUGCGCCUCGUGUUACAGUGGCAACGUCCUGAGUUGGCAGGCCCUGACUUAUAAAGAUAAGGGCUACGUGGUGGUUAAGCCCAAGUUGUGGGCUUAAGCCUCACUCUCUGCCGACAUGAUUUCUGUUUAAUAAUACACAUUCUCUUUGAAAUGA